UUUCGUGUGUUCACUAUGUCGGGUGUGGUGAGCUUAAACCCUUAAACCCUUAAAACAUUUGUUGUUUAUCGAGGUUGGUGGUUACGGCAGAAGUAUGCGGUGGUCGAUGAUUCGGGAAGGGCGGAAGGCAUGGUGGAACUUGACGGUGGUUCGUAACAUGGGCGGUGGUCCUCGCACUUUUCCGGGGGGAGUAAACAAGUGGAAGUGGAAGCGGAUGCACGAGAAGAGAGCCAAAGAUAAAGAGCAGAGGCUUCUCGACCAAGAGAAGCAACUUUACGAGGCUCGCAUUCGCUCCCACAUCCGCUCCACCGUCUCACCUCCUUCUUCCACCGCCGCCGCCGCUACUCACAGCCCCAUUACUCCACACGACCAUAUCAAGUCUCUCGCCAAUCGCUUUAUGACAGAAGGCGCCGAAGAUCUCUGGAACAACGACGACGGUCCCUUAACCCUAACCCCAACCCCAACCCCAACCCCAAUCCCAUCGCCGCCGGUGAAUUUGCGCAAACUGAUAACCCAACCUUCGAAUCGGAAUUUAACGAAUUAUACGCAGACUAGGGAUUACAGUUCUGCUCUUCAGGUUAGAAAUGUGGCUAUCGGCAGCAGCAAGCGGAGAUUUUGGAGAAACGAUAAUGAUUCUUCUUCCAGUGAGAGUGAGAAUGAAAUGGAAUGUGAGAGCAACUAUUCGAAGAUGGGUAGUAGUGCUUCUUUGGGGAAUUACGAUGUGAAGAGGGAGAAGAGGGUGAUGCCAAAGUCACACGACGAUGGAAGUGAUCUUUCGCAGCAGGUUGAGUUGAUCAAGUUUCAACUUAAUCACAGGAAGUUGACCCAGAAUGAGGAGCACCACGGUGAGGGUGAGGAACAACAAAGCAUCCUAAGUCAGACAAGAUUUGACCAGUGUGGUAUAUCGCCGUUGACAGUCAAGGCACUUUCUUCUGCUGGUUAUAUUCAUAUGACCCGGGUACAAGAGGCUAGCGUCAAAAUUUGCCUUGAUGGUAUGGAUGCUUUAGUCAAAGCUAAAACUGGCACAGGGAAAAGUGCAGCUUUUUUGCUUCCUGCUAUUGAAACAGUUCUGAAAGCUAUGUGUAGCAAUACCUCUCAACGUGUGCCUCCAAUACUUGUUCUAGUUCUCUGCCCCACCAGAGAACUUGCUAGUCAAAUUGCUGCUGAAGCAAAGGUUAUACUGAAAUACCACAAUGGCAUUGGGGUGCAGACUCUAGUAGGAGGUGUACGAUUUAAAGUUGACCAAAAACGCCUUGAAUCAGAUCCAUGUCAGAUACUUGUUGCUACACCUGGUAGGUUGCUGGAUCAUAUUGAGAAUAAGUCUGGAAUAUCUGUACGAUUAAUGGGCUUGCAGAUGCUUGUACUUGAUGAAGCAGAUCAUUUACUGGACCUAGGAUUUCGAAAGGAUAUAGAAAAAAUUGUUGAUUGUUUGCCCCGUCAAAGACAAUCCUUGCUGUUUUCGGCAACCAUCCCAAAGGAGGUCCGUCGUAUAUCUCAGCUUGUUUUGAAAAGGGAACACACAUUUGUCGAUACAGUUGGAAUGGGUUGUGUGGAAACUCCUGUCCAGGUAAAGCAAUCUUAUCUUAUUGCCCCACAUGAAUCACAUUUUCAAAUAGUAUACAAUAUUCUGAAGGAGCAUAUCUUGCAAGCACCUGAUUAUAAGGUUAUUGUUUUCUGUAUAACUGGGAUGGUUACAUCUCUCAUGUAUCACCUUCUCCGGGAAAUGAAAAUGAAUGUUAGGGAGAUACAUUCUCGAAAACCUCAGCUCUAUCGAGCUCGCAUAUCAGAUGAGUUCAGGCAAUCCAGACAACUGGUUCUUGUCUCAUCUGAUGUUUCAUCACGUGGAAUGAAUUAUCCUGAUGUUACUUUAGUCAUACAGGUGGGAAUUCCUCCUGACCGUGAACAAUAUAUACAUCGUCUUGGAAGAACAGGACGAGAAGGCAAAGAAGGGGAAGGCAUAUUGUUGAUUGCUCCAUGGGAAGAGUAUUUUUUAGAUGAAAUCAAGGAUCUCCCUCUAAAGAAAUUCCACUUACCAGAUAUAGAUCCACAGACAAAGCUUAAGGUUGAGCGUUCAAUGGCAAAGAUUGAUAAUGACAUCAAAGAAGCAGCUUAUCAUGCUUGGCUUGGUUAUUAUAACUCCAUCAGGGAAAUUGGGAGGGAGAAGACCACUAUAGCUGAGCUGGCAAGCCAAUUUUCUGAAUCAAUUGGUUUACAGAGGCCUCCUGCUCUAUUCCGAAAAACUGCACUAAAAAUGGGUUUGAAAGACAUUCCUGGCAUUAGAAUUCGUAGAUAGCUCGACAGUGGGCACAGAUAGGUAAAGUGAAAUACUAGCGUGCAUGGGAUAACUAGAGAAGUGUCGAGGAUAACAAUAUUAUACUGAAUUAUGAUUUAGAACUAUAGGUCGUUGAAUUCAUGGUUUCACGAUUAGUCAAUCGUUAGUGCUGUGAGACCCUAUGCUAAA